AUGUUUAGUGGCAGGUGCUUCAAAGAAGGUUGUACAAAUAAGCUCCAUGGAAAGUGUGAAUGUCAAGGAACAGUCUUAUUUUGUAAAGAUCAUCUUUCUGAGCAUGCAGAAAAGCCAGCUUCUAAAGGGCAUCGAUGCUUAAGGCCUUGCUUUAAGCAAUUAGAAGAAAUUAAGCAGCCAGUCAUCGAAAAACUAGCAAAACUCAAAAAAGAUAUAAAAAAAAAUUAUCCUUCAGAAAUAUUGCUUUCUAUGGCCAGCAGAAUAAAAAAAUACAAAAUUUUUUGCUGAUUAGCACUUGAUAUCACAGAUAGUAAUUGUUCAAAUUAA